CGACGCAAGGGAGAAUAAUACGUCGCUCGCGCGACGGGUAUCUUGCGGAUUCACAACUUCGGAAGCACCGACUUCGUGACGAGUAUGAGACUUCUAACUUGACGGAAUACGACGAAAACGCGAUGACCGACGACGUCGCAGACGAAGGGGACUGGUACGCCGCGCUCGUCGCGGGCGAACACGUCGGUGAAUGGCUCGAUGUCGUCAAGAAUCCGUCGGCCUCAUUUGGCGCGCGCACUCGAGCGGCAAGAAGUCUCGUGAAGAAGGUUUCAAGCAAUCGUGUAUACGCUCAGGAGGCGAAGGAAGCGAGUGCGACUGAUGUGUUAUCCGUCGCGUUGUCCUCGCUGAACGAUUAUGACGGCAGUGACGGCGACGUCGCCUCAUUUCGCUCUAUUUUGAUGGCCUCACUUAAAGCUUGCGAAGAAGCGCAAGUCCGCGGCGCGGUGUUGCGACGAGUGUUCACGUUCUCUGUGCCGGUUCCGAAGGAAAACAACAGCGAAGAAGCGUGCCGCGGACCAGUGUCGGUCUUCGUGAACGAAAUCGAGCUUAGCGUGGGAGUUGGUGCUAAGCUUUGGAAAGCCGCGCACAUGCUCUCGAUGGAGCUUGCGUCUGCGCCGUGCUUAUGCAGCGGAAAGGAUGUGCUCGAAAUCGGUUCUGGCGUCGGUCUUUGCGGCCUCCUCGCUGGUAAACUGAACGCCUCUAGAGUAGUUCUUUCUGACUUCGAGCCGCGGAUCCUGCUGUCAUUAAGAGAUGCAGUGAUCGAUAACAAGCUGAACGGCAAGGCGAGGGUGGUGAUGCUCGACUGGAGAAGAGAGCGGAAACUGUUCGCAGCAGAGAAAUGCCCUCGGUCGAAUUUGUCUACCCUAUCGCACGAGGAGAAGAUUUGUUCGGUACACAAGUGUGAACAGUCUGGGGUGCAUUGCUCAACGCAGCGGGACUGUGGUCUUCUCCUCGCGUCGAAUAAACACGGCGUUCGCGUGAAACAUUGUCAUUAUGAAAAACGCGAGCACCGAGAGGAGGGGAAUGCCGGUGCGAGAGCGUUGAGAGGAGAAACGUCACUGCACGAAACGGAAAAAGGUGCUCAAGUUGAUGCCCUUGAUGAUCACGAUCGGUUCGACUUGAUCAUCGGUGCGGAUGUGUUAUACGAAAACUAUCACGUAGACAUACUGCCCAAGGUUUUCGCGCGGAGGCUGAAGACGAACGGCAUAGGAAAACUUUGCGGCGCAGUCAGGUAUCGCAAAUUGCUCGACGCGUUGAUUCAGAAUUUGAAUGACGAAGGCUUUGACGUGACGGAGACAGACAUAGGUGCUAAAAUCGGAGACUGCUGGUACGACGGUGGUUACAUAUCCUUGACCAUCAUGCCUACUACUUACGCGCCCGCAGUUUCAUCAACCGCUACGGCAACGAAUUCCGCGAGAGAACAUGCAAGCUUUCGCGUCGCUGACAAUGCCGACCAAACUGCAUAUCAUUGGUCAUAG